GCGGGAGCCUGAGGAGGCCGAGCCCGCCGGGUUUCCGGGAGUGGGGAGGCAUGGAGCCAUCGCUGGCCGGGGCGGCGGAGGGGGGUGACCGCUUCCGUGCCAGCGAGCACCAGCACGUUCGGUACAACCCGCUGAGGGACGACUGGGUGCUGGUAUCGGCCCACCGGGUAAAGCGCCCUUGGCAGGGUCAGCUUGAGAAGCCGCCCCCCGAGGAUGUGCCCCGCUGGGACCCCAAGAACCCCCUCUGCCCUGGGGCCACCCGGGCCAAUGGCGAGGUGAACCCCAAGUACGAGGGUACUUUCGUCUUCCCAAAUGACUUCCCUGCACUGCAGCCCGAUGCUCCAGAGCCUGAUGACAAUGAUCACCCCUUGUUUCGAGCUGCCCCAGCCCGGGGUGUGUGCAAGGUGAUGUGUUUCCACCCCUGGUCGGACCUGACGCUGCCCCUCAUGUCCCUGCCAGAGAUCCGGGCUGUCGUCGAUGCGUGGGCGGAGCUGGCAAAGGAGCUGGGUGCUUCCUACCCCUGGGUGCAGAUCUUCGAGAACAAGGGAGCCAUGAUGGGCUGCUCCAACCCGCACCCCCACUGCCAGGUGUGGGCCAGCAGCUUCCUCCCGAACGAGGCGAGCCUGGAGGACCGGAGCCAGCGCCAGCACCUGAGCCAGCACGGCGUGCCCAUGCUGCUGGAGUAUGCUGAGCAGGAGGCUCGCCGAAAGGAGCGGCUGGUGGUGGAGAAUGCAGACUGGCUGGUCGUGGUGCCAUACUGGGCCACCUGGCCCUACGAGACCCUGCUGCUGCCCCGCCGCCAUGUCUGUCGCCUCCAGGACCUCAGUGACAGUGAGAAGGACAGCCUGGCCUCCAUCAUGCAGAGGCUGCUCAUCAAGUACGACAACCUCUUCGAAGUCUCCUUCCCCUACUCCAUGGGCUGGCAUGGAGCCCCCACAGGCUCCUACCUGGAGGAGGACUGCAAGCACUGGCAGCUCCAUGCCCACUACUACCCCCCUCUGCUGCGCUCCGCCACAGUCCGCAAGUUCAUGGUGGGGUACGAGAUGCUGGCGCAGGCACAGAGGGACCUCACCCCGGAGCAGGCAGCCGAGCGCCUGAGGAGCCUCCCCGAGGUGCACUACAAGAAGAGGCCUGAGGAGGUGUGAUGGGAGCAGCAGAUCAUCCAGUCCUCAGAUGUGGUGUUCCUUGUCUCUUUCACCAUCCCAGGCUCUGUCUCUGGCCCCAUGCUCCUACCACCACUAAAGAGGACUUACCCUCCUUACCAGUCCAGUCUCACCGGUGGGACUGGAAUUUCUUCUGCCCCAUGGAGUGGCACAACCCCCCUGGAAAAUAAAACCUGGAA